UUCUGUAAUUAAAAUCUGUAAUUUAAAUGGUGGUGUGUUUUUAUUUGAAUAAAUUUAAUUCGUAUAUAAUAUUAUAACGAUUGGAACAAAAUAGACGGAUAAAACACGACAAAAUGAUAUUUAAUUUAAUAAAAAAAAAGCAUAAAGUCAACCGAUUGGAACCGUAAUAACAUUUAAUAAUCCAUAACGUGCUUUAUCAUUUUUUAAUCGUAACCCACCCACAAUAAAUCGAUUCGACUAAACAAUAACCCAAAUCAGCAGGUAGUAUAGGUACCAACCAACAAAACGGUACCUCAAAACAUAGUUUUUUUUUAUACUUAAAAAGGUCCGUACAAAAAAAAUGUUCGGUUUCUUACUAAAGUUCGUACGUGACCGGAUUGAUUGGCUAGGACCCUUAUCGCAUUUCAUGAUGGACUUUGUCCAUUCUUUACGCAAACCGAUAAAAAAAAAAAAGAUAGAAAAUAGUAUAAUAAUAUAAUAGUUCAUGCGAUAGUAAGUGCGAAAACACGAACAAUUAUUAUAGUUGCGAGGUUGUCAAUUAUUCUGUGCGCGACCAUCAUUUUUGUAACCACAAUAAUAAGUCUCAAAGACUUGAAAGUUAGCGUAAUUAUCUGCUGUGGUGGGUAAAUAAUAUUAUAUUUUUUUUUUAACAGUCCUAAGGCAGUCUCGUUCAGGUAUGGCGACCACCGGCUAGCGAUGGUGCCCACGUCGGUAUUGGUGUUGUGCGGCCUGCUGUCGGCCUUCUCCGUGGACCCGGCAUGGUCUGCCAGCGGCCCGGUCAUUCAGCAAUGUCCCACCCACGGCGAGAUCGCUCCCUGCGUGUGCACGGUGAAGAAGAAUGGCGGUCUGGACAUACUGUGCGAGUUCACCGACCUGCAGCACAUAUCCAAGACGAUGGCCGUGCUCAAGGGCAAACCGUCGCUGGUCAUAUUCUACCUGAAGCUUCGACACAACAACCUGCCCAAGUUGCAGGGUUUCGUGUUCCUGGGCAUGGACAUCCGGCACCUGACCAUACACAACAGCACGCUGGCCGUCGUCGAGGAGUCGUCGCUGAGUUCCAUCGGAAAAGCACUCACCCAAUUAGAUCUGUCUCAGAAUUCGUUAAGCAGCGUACCGACUCCGGCGUUGAAGAGCUUAGAUCGAUUGCUGAUAUUCAAUUUGAACCAUAACAAAAUCACUGCCAUCCAUGCAAAUGCUUUCGAGGGGAUGAGCACGCUGGAGAUAUUGACCUUGUACGAAAAUCGGCUCACUAACAUCGAGGCCAAUGCGUUCGCCGGCACAGAGAAGAAACUGAAACGAUUGAACAUCGGUGGUAACGAAUUGAACCGAGUACCGACCGGAGCUCUGCAGACGAUGGACAACCUAAAGAAAUUAGAAAUUCAAGAAAAUAAGAUAACGUCGAUCAGCGAAGGCGAUUUCAUAGGUUUACAAACACUGGAUAUGCUGAUCCUAGCACACAAUUAUCUCAAACAUAUACCUGCCAAAGUGUUUCGACAUUUGCCACUACUGAAUUCGUUGGAGUUGGACGGAAAUCAAAUAUCGAGCAUUGAUGAAGAGGCUUUUUUCGGUUUGGAAGAAAAUCUUCAAUAUUUGAGAUUGGGCGACAAUAACUUGCACACAAUACCGAGCGAAUCGCUCCGUCGUUUGCACAGACUUCGACACUUGGACCUCAAAGCAAACAACAUAUCACAUAUCGCCGAAGACGCAUUCACCGGAUUUGGCGAUUCGAUCACGUUUUUGAAUUUGCAAAAAAACGACAUCAAAACGUUACCGAUGAUGGCGUUCGAGAAUUUGAAUUCCUUGGAAAUAUUAAACCUGCAAAACAACAAACUGACGCGAGUGCCGGAAGAAGCGCUCGAGGCAAUCGUAGACACCGCAACUGUUAUUGAUAUUAUGGAUAACCCACUGAUUUGUGACUGUGACCUGCGCUGGUACAGGGAUUGGCUGAAAGAGUUACGUCACCGGGACGACGACGACAUCAUACAGAAGAAGCACAUACUCUGCCUGAUGGAAGAAGAACACAGGGAGUUCAGCGUCUUGAAUUUGCCGGUGGAGAGGAUGAACUGCGUGGGCAAGAAGUACUCGUCGUCGGCCAACGGGAUCGGCGAAGCUCGUGUCCUGUCCCGCAUCCUGAUAGUUUUCGUCUUCGCCCUACACCAAUUCAAAUGAACACACACACACACAUACACACACACACACCUACACACUCACUUACACACAUACACACAUACACUGACACACACAUACUGACACAAACACACCGACAAACGCACUUACACUCGCAUACACGGAAACACGCACGCACGCGAGAUAUCUAAUGUACACGCCAUAAUAGUCACAAUACGAUAUAAUAAUAUAUUAUUGUAUACGCCUACAACAGCCACGACCUCCCGAACUCGCGUCGAGAUUGAACGAAAUACGGUAUCGAGUGUUGCACAUAGUUGCACUGUGCCCACGCACGAGGUGCAAUUAUUACUAAAUAUUACGACGACAGGACCCAACUCUUGCGGUGUAGAGCGGGUACCUCUGAGUGUUAAAAAAAAACGCGAAUGUCACGAUGACUAUACCGGCUGCUAAAUUCUCAUCAGCUGUCUCGUCGCAUGAUAUCACAUCGUCCGUUGUCCGUUUGAAGACAUUAUCGGUGCGAAACACUGUUGCGAUACGAUACACAUUAUUAUUAUAAUAUUAUGGCAUCGAUAUCGAACGAGCACGACGGUACAAUGCGAUUUCGAUGUGCCGCCGACGAUUUCGGGUCACACAAUACCAUAAUAUUACACCAGCUGCCCCCCCAUGUGUUUGUAUAUUUUUUUUUUCAUUUUUUGUAUAUUUUUCGUUUACUCUCAAUUUGACCGAGGACCGUCGGACCUUUUGCCGACUACAUAUCAACCACAUAUCAACCGUAUCGUAUAAUUAUUAUAAGUAUCCAUAAAUUUUAUAUUAGGUAAUAAUGAUUUAAUCGCGACACAAUAAUAUACUAUCAAUAAUAAUGUCAUAUAUUAUAUAUUAUAUCUUAUCGCCGCAUAGGAAACGUGUAUAGACGCGACUCUUAUAUUAGGACACGUGCAGCAGUGCCGGAUUUAGAGGGGGUGCAAAAUAGUAACCUCAAACCUGAGUUGGUUUCGAGCCGGUUAGUCAGGUCGGUGUUUUAGAUUUUUGAACUUUGCAAAGUGAUAAAGCGCUAAGAAUUUCGAAUUAUGGUCAAAAAAAAUAAAGUAUUUUAAUAAAUAUUACCCGCGCCCGUUCAUUUUACGUAAACUGUUAUCAACUCGGUUUUAUCCCAGAUAACCUGAUAACGUCACUAUUGUCACUCGAUUUAAAGGAACUCAGUAUGAGCCAUGAGGUGCCUAUUCCUAGUUCAAGCGCGGAUCCAGGGGGGGGGAGUACUGGGGGCAAGUUCCCUCUCGUUCACAAAAAAAAUAUAAUAUAAUUUUCAUUAUUAUUAAAAUUCAACAUCGUAAAAAUGUUUAAGUGUCCCCUCUGUACGCAGAUUCUGGAUCCGCCCUUGACCUAGUCGAAUGUUUUUCUCUUUUUUUAAUCCAUAUUAUUCGCUUUUAUCAACAACAAAAAAUUAUAUAUAUACAGUAAAACCUCUUCAAAACGUAAUCGGUCGGUACCAACUGGUUUUUCCGUCAAAAAGGACUCGCCGGGAGACUAAAAUGUACGGGAUAUAGGUCAUACUGCAGGAUUGUCGUUAUUUUCCAUUGUAAGGAUAUUUCCGUCUUACAGGGGGGCCGGUUAUAAGGAGCUGGUAUUACUGUACAUAAUUAUCAAUGCAUCAAAAUAUUACUUAUUAUGAAUAGAAUUUUUAAGGUGACAUUAACAUUGUAGUAUUCGCACCCCGGACUUGGAUACGGCACUAGACACGUGUUUGUGCUAUUUAGGUGUUAGGUUUGCAGUUUCACGUGCAAAUGCUUUUAUUUUUUUCGUCGUAAACAUUACACACUUCAAAAAUCUCUUCCCCGUGCGUGUCGCGUGAUAUAAUAAUCAUAUUACAAUAUCGCCAGAGUGCAGAUAUAGUGGGAAAACGCGAGCAUGCACCACCCUGACGGCUGUCGUGUGGGUACCUAUAUGACGAUUAUUAGGACAAGCGGAAAUUCAUCGAUCGAUCGCGCAACAGUGACAACAGUGACACACUGUACAACCUUUACCUAGUAAACCUACGUCGAAUACAAUUUUUUUUUUAUUAUUAUACUGUGGCGAUAAUAAUUUUUAAUUUGAAAUAUUAUAAAAACCAAUGAACCCGAAGCUUUGGACUUGGUCGUUGUAUUCUUUAUCGUCGGUAUAGUACCUAACAAUAAUAUUACAUCGUAAAAUAAUAUCGUACGGCGCCUAGACACGUAGACGUACCUAGGUAUAAAACACACUUGCAUGUACCUACCACCUGCAGCUACCUGUUGUCCGUUAAUAUCACCAUCGUCGCCGGACUUUAUAAGUAGUUGUUUUACGAUUUGCCACUUUAUACCGAGGAUUGAUUACAAUAGUCUUGCGGUCCUCGUUGGCAGGAAACGUCCUCCUGGGCGAUUAAAACCGUCCACGAGAACCAUUGACGAACAUCGGACGUUUUAUACCCAUUGGCCAGUACACGCUUUGGACAUCACAGUUCGCAUAUUAUUCUACGAUAUAUUGUUCAACCCAUCAUGUGGGUACCCACUCUGCUACAUUUAUUGCACGUGACCUUUUUCCGAUUUCAAUUUUUAGCAUUCGAUUUUCGUUUUUCAAUAACGUCUUCGUAUUAUAAGUAUCUAGUAUCUAUGCUAUAUCAUACCCAUUAUAUGUAUCUUACACGUAUAAACAUGAGAUUUAACGAGCUAUAAUAAUAUAUUAUAUUAUAUAAGUAUGAAAACUAUAAUAUUAUAACCAAUGGAUUAUACGAUUUUAAAUUUAGGAAUUUUGUAGACGAUGAUAAUAUUAUUAUACUGUAGUUGAACAAAAAAAUGUUGAUUUUAAGUCAUCAUAGCUAUUAUAUAGAUUUAUACUUGUAGGAAUGUUUGAAGAGUGUUAUUAUAUUUACAUAUUAUAUGAUUGAUUAUAAUAUUUAUUAUUAUCAUUAAGCUUAAAAACCAUUCGCAAUACAUAUCUUAAUAAAUUACGUAACGAUGAGAGCUAUUAUGAUUCUUUGCAAUACCCGGCGGGACUUUUGUGGAAUAACAUUAAAAAAAAACCAAAAUAAAAUGUUUUAAAAAACAUCCAUAAAACAAAAAACUAAGUACCAUCUGCUGUGUCGUGUCAAAAGGUCGUUAUCGGCAUCGUCUCGCGGGGCACUGCAAAAGGCAUAAUUAGCAUACGACUUACGUAAUUUUAAAUACAUUUACAUGUGAUUUAUGAGUUUAUACAUUUUAAGACUAUUAGGAUAUAACAACUAUUAUUAUUAUUAAUAUUACAUAAUAUACAUAAUAGCUAUAUUGAUCAGUAUAGACAAUAUAGUCAUUUAACAGAUACAUAUCUAUAAAAUGCAUAUCCCAAUUUAAAAAAUGUAAUCAUUUUUUUUUUUAUUAUUAUUAUUAUAUUAUAACUAUAAUAUCAUUAUAUUGUAUUUAUAUUAUUAUUAAAAUAUUAUUAUUAUUAUUAUUAUAAUUAUUAUUAUUAUUAUUAUCGUACGCAUAUUUUAAUGUUGUUGUAUUUUCGUAAUAUUAUUAUAUUAAUGUCGUGGAUAUAUUAUUAUAAAGAAGUAGUGUUUAGAGUGUUCAUUUAAUAUGCAUUUACAUCACGUAUACAUAUCCGUAUUAAGAACCAUCAUUAUUAUAUAUAAUAUAACGGAGUAAGGCCAUGUUUUUAUGUGAGUUUUUCUCUUUUGAAAUAAAUAUAAAAAAUAAAAUUUUUCUUUGUUCAGA